AUGAAGCUCUCAGCCAGCUUCCGCAAGUAUCGGGAAGGUAAACGACGGGAGAAGGAGUUCAAAGCAGUGUUCCUUGAACCCAAAAGCCCCGCCAAGGUUCAGAUCACCGAGAUCCAGUCCAGAACCCCUUCCCCCGAGCAUCGUCCCGGCCUCUUUUUCAACCUACCUCCAACCUUGCGCCGGGAUAUUCUCAUCCUAGCUUUUGGGGACAAGACUCUGCACAUGCACCUGGACUACCAACAUCCCUUCCACCUACGGAAAGAUAUAGAGUUUCAAGACUCAUUCGAGUACAUCUACUUCUCUUCGGACCAGCAUAAUCAGUUCCAUGGCAGAAUACAGAACUUUAAAUCCCAAUUCGCCGGCAAGCGACAUCAUGUGGAUCGACCGAAGGAGUGGCAUUGGUUCGGUUGCGUGUGUCAUCGCUCCCCACCAGCCGGUGAGUUUGGGAUAGAGCAACUUUCAUGUGGGAGAACAAGGAGCCGGCUAGACUAUGGCAAGGAACUAGAUGAGGACGGCUGCAUGAAUGGCGCUGGGGCCUGUGCAAAUCACUCUGGCCAGUGGCCACACAAGUGUCAGAUUCAAGUCAUGGGAUGGCUCUUGACUUGCCGUCAAGCAUAUAUCGAAGGAAUGGACGUUCUUUACAGGACAAAUACGAUCCACAUAUCUACCGCCCCUCUCCUCCGAGGUCUUCAAAAUAUCAUGUCGGAGACAGUUCUACAGCACCUCACUUCCCUCGAACUAGUAUGGGAUGCUGACCAAGUUCCGAUUGCACAUGGGUUCAAAGAUCAAGCGAAAUCCAGGCCCCCAUCGACGGUGAGACGCACACCUGUGUUUCCAUAUUUGAUGUUUCUCCGGAUUGCCUUCAAGGCAGUCGAACCAGCCAAGACAGAUCCCGCCACUGGCCUUUUCUGGCCUUACAGAAGUGUGGAUGAAGUAGAGAACCGACUCAGGACUCGUCUUUUCCCCUCCAUCGGCGAUCUCUUAAAAAGGAUUGUGCCUUCGACUACCCAUGUUACUCUUUCGUGCCCGGAUUGGACCUGGUUCAAAGCCACAUGUGAUUCACUGAAAAACAAGAAUGCCGAUGCUGGGACAUUUCAGGUUGCUGAGAUUGGGGGUGUCAAGGUUUGGUGGCCGAUCGAAUCUACAUCUACAGCGCUGCAACGACUGCGGAGCCCUGAUCCCUUGUUAGGGGAUGAUGGGACGGACGCUCCCAGAGAAGGCUUCUGGGUGCAUAUCCCCGAACACAAGGUUGAUCUUGACUCUGAAGGAGAAUUGAGCGAAGAAGAAGAUUCUCGAAGCUGCAGUACGGACAGUAUGGAAAAUCCAUUUGAUCGACGAGAUGCUUUCUAA